GUGCCUCGAGCGCUAUUGGCCAAGUCACAGCAGGGGGGGACAGACGGGGGAAAUUCCUCCGUGGUGCUCAAAUUUCCCCAAUCAAAUUUUCCUCUCCUCCUUUGUCCGGGUCGGAACACAGCCGUAUCCCGCUAACAUGAUGUUUCGAAGUGUAAUUUUAUUUCUACUCGUCGCAGUCGUUUGCUGUCAUGCCGAGGAGGGGAAGAGCAAGUCCAAGGUGUGUGCCAAUGUGUUCUGUGGGGCUGGCAGGGAGUGUGCUGUGACAGAGAAAGGGGAACCUUCCUGCCUGUGCAUCGAGCAAUGCAAACCUCAUAAGCGCUCUGUGUGUGGCAGUAACAGUAAGACCUACCGCAACCACUGUGAGCUCCACCGUGACGCCUGCCUGACCGGCCUCAAGGUCCAGGUGGACCACGACGGACACUGUGAAGAGACAAAGACAGACAAAGCUGUUGCUGCUAGCCCAAUCGUGUGCUACCUGGCCAACAGGAACGAGCUGCGCAGCCGGGUCAUCCAGUGGCUGCAGAAUGAGGUGGUCCCUGACGGCUGGUUCGCCAAGGGCUCCAACUUCUCUGACAUCCUGCUCAAGUACUUCAAGGACUACGACAAUGGAGACUCCCAGCUGGACUCCACUGAGUUCCUUAAGUUCCUCCAGCACAACGAAACAGCCAUCAACAUUACCUCAUAUGCUGACGAGGAGAACAACCGCCUGCUCAGGAGCCUGUGUGUGGAUGCCCUCAUCGAGCUCUCAGAUGAGAACACGGACUGGAAGUUGAGCUUUGAUGAGUUCCUAAACUGCUUCAAGCCUGGCUUCAACCCACCAGAGAGAAAGUGUGCCCUGGAGGAUGAGACCUAUGAGGACGGGGCAGAGACUCAGGUGGAGUGUAACCGCUGUGUCUGUGCCUGUGGGAACUGGGUCUGCACAGCUGUGACCUGCGAAGGCACGAAGAAGGUGCCUGCUGUGGAGAAGACUGAAGGUGCUGACCAAGAGAUGACAGAGGAGGAGUGGACACGGAGAGUGGCUGAGCUCAACAAACAUCAGGAAACUGUGGAGAAGAUGAAAGUGAGCACUAAGGACAUUUAGAGAGAGAGAGAGAGAGAGAGAGAGAGAGAGAAGCCCUCCUUCAGUCCCACCAUCAACAAUCACUAUCUGGCUGAAGCUUUGGAGCUUGUACUGUCGUUAAAGAAAUGCAUCACUAUUGUUUUUAUUUUUAUAUUUUACAAUGUUCAUUAUUAUGAUUUUUUAAAACUGUACCAAUGUAUAUUAUAAUAUUAUUGUGUAGAGGGAAGACUAGUUGAAUUGUGUGUACCUACAAACACAGUACUGUUAUCCUAUUUGAGUAACACUCCCAAGCCUUGGCAAGAAUCCCCAUCACCUAGUGGUGGGUUGAUAAUUUCAUUAUUUUUAGUUGAUUUGUUGUUUUCGUUGUUGUUUCUGUCAGUCAAAUUAGCUCAUCUGUAGAAAAUACAAGAGUUUGUGACUUGGAGCUAUAAAGAAAGCACAAGUUGUAAAUAACUACUUUUAGCAGAAAAUGACUUCACAGUUGCCACGUCACAUACCAACCACAUCACAGAGGAUUGAGAUAAGCAAUUCAGCAAGAAAGUCUUAUCAAAUGCAUUGACCUUACAGGGUGCUAUUCCAGACACCUGGGUAUUAUAUAGGGCCAGUAAAUCAUAUCAAAGAUGAACACAUGGCUGAAUUGUAAAUGUUUCCUGAAUGCCAUUAUAAAUUCAUCAACAGUGUGAUUACACUUGCCUGUCAGUGUUACUACUCAUAUCAUAUAUACAGUAAAACCCAUUGACCCAUAAUAUCUGAUGGUGCCAGGGUUCAAUCUGUUAGGAAAAGGAAAAUGAGGAAGGUCCGCACUCAGUCUUUGCAGUGAAAGACAAUAAUAUUUAUUCCAUCUCUAUUUUCUGGUCUAUGCACCAACAAUAUGACAAGAAUCUAUGAUUAGAUGUGUGCAGGGUUUCCUCCUUUUUCAAGGUAAAGUGAUGAUGCUAGGGUUCAAUCUGUAGGCUACAUGUCUGCACUGAUGAGGUAAUGUUGUCCAUCCAUUUACAAAUGGCUUUUCUAUCAUGGGGUUGUAGAUGUAUUACUCCAUACAAUGAAUCUAAUGCCAAAACACUAGCCUGGAUACUGAAUUGGAUUGUGAAGUGAAACUGAAGAAUUCAGUAUGGAUCCAGGCUACCAAAACACAUAUAUGGUGCUUGUUUGAAUCACUGUAGUGGCAGUACUAUAUUGCUAGGAGAGUUUGUGAUAACGUUUGUGUCUCCUUCUCAAAACCAGCAAUAAAGUUGAUCAAUUCUAGAAUGUUCGGGGUAAAAUAUUUCAAGGAUGCUGCAGACAUGGACUGACUAGAAAAAUAUGUUGAUGGAGUGGAUAAAAUGUAGUUUUGGAUUUGUAAUGAACAGGAUAAUAGUACUUGAUAAUACAAGUGCUAUGGGUCCCUCCUACUAGUUUGAAAUACACAAUUGUCUGGUCCGUCUGAGACAUACAUAAUCUGUGCAUGCUUUGCCAACAUUACUGCAAUUCAUUUGAUCGUUGAUGUUUCUUUGGAAGCUGAUGCAUGUCGGUCUCUCAGGAUAUAGGUGCUUUGAUUGGAUGACUUUGUUCGGCACAAGGAUUGGGAAAAACUGCCAAAACAACCUCUAAAAAACAUUUUAGAUGGCAUUACUGAAACCAAAGUUCAAAUGCAAGUACAGUAUGUGUAGUAACUUUUAGAAACUUGAGCUUUCCUUUCUUUGUUUAGAACUGUCUAUGUCCUGUAUGUCUAUAUUUGACUUCAAUGUCUUUAUAAUGUGUGGUAUUCAGUGCCUUAAAUGUUCACUAAGACCUAUGGGACAUCCUGCUGUCAUUCUCUUAGAGCAAUGGCUGACACUAUGAAACCAUGUCAAAUGUAUGGUUUAUUUUCUUUGUUAUGUGUUAUUGUCUCAAUUUUAGAAUAAUACCAGCUCACUUUUGUUCGCUGUUACAGUAGACUUUUAGUAAAACAUUUACUCCCUGUUGAUUAUUAAGACUACUGUACUGUCAAAAAGGUAUGCAAGCUUUAUACAUGUCAAUAAAUACAUUUAAUAGACCUA